AUGGUGGCGACAAAUGAGACAGCAUUGCCCCCGGGCACCAUACGCUUGAUAGAAAUGGAGAAUGACGAGGUUAUCCUCGUUCCUACCCCUUCUACCCAUCCAGACGAUCCACUGAAUUGGUCUAAAGGCCGUAAGCUUUUAAGCUUAUCCCUAAUACUCCUAUACACCUUUACUACAGGGGUCGGCGGGACUUCGGUUUAUUCGGUCCUUACUCCAAUCUCAAAAGAAACCCGUAUCACCAUCGGCCAGCUGAACACAGGGACUGGCUUUCUCUUCCUCAUGGCCGGCUGGUCCAAUCUGAUCUGGCAACCCCUCGCGGAAACCUAUGGUCGACGUCCUGUUCUCUUGCUCAGUUUAAUCGGAUGCGUGGCAAUCACGGAAUGGACAGCAUGGAUUCCGAGCUACUCGUCAUGGGCCGCUGCUCGUUGCCUCUAUGGGAUCUUAUGUGGCCCAGCCGAGGUGCUGCCGGAGGUGUGCAUGUCGGACAUUUUUUUCGCCCAUGAACGCGGAACAUACAUUGCUAUGUACAUGUUCGUUCUCUGCGGCAGCAACUUUAUCGCUCCUCUUAUUGCAGGCUUUGUGAAUGACGGCGCUGGAUGGCAUUGGGUACAGCAUUGGUCUGCCAUCUUGCUUGGAGUCAAUUUGGUCUUGACCUUCUUUUUCUAUGAGGAGACCAUCUACACACGUUCAGCGGUAGAGGCGACGGAAGCUGAUCUCUGCUUGCCUGACCACAACCUUAAUUCCAGUGACUGCAAGCGGUCUCUCAGCCCUCCCCCAGUUGCACUGGAAGAGGGCUUGAUCUACGAGCUCAAAUCAUACAAGGACAAGCUGAAAUUGUGGUCCUACCAAUGCCUUUCUCUGUCCCAGUUUUUUAGAAUGAUGUAUCGCCCAGUGUUCAUAUUCUUUCUAUUCCCCAACAUUAUGUGGGCUGGUUUCAUGUAUGGUUCUGCUCUCGCAUGGUUCAACGUUUACAAUGCAACCGCAUCGUCAAUUUUAACCGCUGUCCCUUACAAAUUCUCGGCCACCUCGGUUGGAGUCACGUAUGUCGCUCCUUUAAUCGGAACCAUCUUUGCCGGAGCGAUAAACGGACCACUGUCUGACUGGUAUACCAUACGCCUGGCACGAAGAUCAAAUGGGCUCCGUGAACCCGAGCAGCGUUUAUGGGGACUGACGGCCUACUGCAUCGCCAUGCCCGCGGGGCUUCUUCUCUGGGGACUGGGAGCCGCACAUCAUCUCCACUGGGUUGUCCUUCUGCUGGGCGCUUUGCUGAUCGGAUUUUGCAAUGUGGCUGGUGGCAGCUAUGCGCUGGCAUAUUGCGUGGAUAGUUUUCGCGAUAUUGCAAGCGAAUCGCUCGUCUCAGUCAUCCUCUGCCGCAACACCAUGUCGUUCGCGAUCAACUAUGGUAUCACGCCAUGGUUAGAAGCCAAUGGCAUGCAGAAUACCUUCAUAGCCACGGCCGUUCUAGCUUUGGUCGUUGGGUGCUCAUUCUGGUUAAUGAUCUUUAAGGGGAAGCACUUCCGCACGGUCUGCGCAGAUCGAUACCGGCAUUACGUGGCAACCCAAGUUGCUAGCCGUCAUUAA